AUGACAUGGUGCUUGUGGCUAUUAGGUUCAUUUCUAUUUUCAUUUGGGAGGGUAAUGCUAGGGUUAUAUCACAUAUUUAGAAUAUCAGUAAACAUUGUAUUAUUUAUAUGCUCUAGUUUGCUUUUAAGAUUAAGUUCAUGGAUUAGAAGUUUUCAUACAGCAAGAGAUGAACUAUAUUAUAGGUUGGAACAAUCAAAUAGUUAUGAUGAAUGGUUUAGUAUAGGAGCCAAAUUGGAUGAGAUUUGUGGUGGAAAUGAAUGGAGAACAACAGAAGAGACAGAUGAUUACCAAUGGAUGUAUUUGAAGGAGUAUAUAUUUAGAUUGAAAGAGGCAAGAAAAAGUAAUAAUUUAAAGAAAUUAGUAUUUCUUUUAAGAUGGUGUUGUGAUCGAAAUUUUGCAUCAAUAUCAAAACAAGCAUUAUAUAAUAAGGCGUUUUCUGGCACAAAAAUUUUAAUAGAUGAAUUUGAGGAGGAAAUUGAGAAUGUUUUAAAGUUUCUGACAAUUUGUUCAAGAUCUCAGGAACUUUCAAUAGAGCUUGAAAAUGCUUUAAACGAUAAAACUUCAUUUAAGCUUUCUUCAGAUCAGGAUUCAAGGUCAGGCUCAAUAGAAAGACUGAUUAGCUUCCCAAAACAGUCAAGCAUUUAUUCAAGUAAUUCAGUUUUUGGUAAAGAUGAUGAUUCUGUGGUAUUUAACAUUGAGGAUGAAAAUGAAGUUUUAGAAAUUUCUGAAAUAGAAAAGCUUUUAAAAGAAGAUAAGGAGAAUUCUAACGAUGGUUCAGUUAAAGAAGAAACUAAAGAUUUUUUUUCAAUUAAAAAUGAGCUAGAGCUUUCAAAUCAACCAAAAAUGAAUAAUAAUAUUUGUAAUAAUCAAUACAAUCACCAAAUCUAUCAUCGAAAUAAUAUUUCUCGUUCGCCUAGCAGAACAUAUUUGAAAAAUAGAGACUUAAUGAAUACUUCAACUUCUUCUUUCUCAGACUUUAAAGAGGUUUUGAUGAAGAACGUUUCAAUCCAAACAUGUGAGAAAUGUUUGAGAAAUGACGAAGAAAACAAUACAGUACAAGAUGAAUAUAACUCUAAUACUGCUGAAGAAUGCUAUUGUAAAGAACAAGAUAAUGACAUUCAGAUUACUGAUAAUGAUUAUGAUAUUUGCAAAGAAGGAAAUAGAUGGAAUUCAGACUGGGGAUAUUACUACGGGAAUAAAGAAAAGAAUAAUUUAACGAGCUUUUGUAGCUUUGAAACUGGUACCGGAUCAAUUUUAAGAAAUUCAAGAAAUGAAAACACAAUUGCAAGUAAUAGUUUAAUUCAUUAUUUGGAACUUUUAGGGCAUUCAACAGGAAAAACUGCUUUAUGCUUAAGUGGAGGAGGGGCUUUAGCAAUGUAUCAUUUAGGUGUGGUUAAAGUUUUAUUAGAGCAAAAUAUAAUGCCAAAAAUAAUCAAUGGAACAAGCGGAGGUUCAAUAGUUGCGGCUCUACUAGCAACAAAAAGUAACGAGGAGAUCUUAAAUGAAUAUAUUAAACCUACAGUUUCAAAUAUGCAUGGUCAUCGUUGGUUUCCUCCCCUAUUAGAUCAGAUUCGACACUUCCUAGUAAAAGGAUAUAUGAUUGAUCCAAAGGAAUUUAUUAAGACCUGCCAAACCUACUUUAAAAAUUAUACAUUUUAUGAAGCAUAUAAAUUAACAGGAAGAAUUGUAACAAUAACAGUAAGUCCAACUCAUGUUACUCCAGAAUUUACUGAGCCAUUAGUUUUAAAUUGUGUAACUACUCCAGAUAUUUUACUUUGGAGUGCAGUUGCAGCUUCUUGUGCAUUACCAGGAUUAAUGCCAGUAGCAGAGCUAUUUGCAAAAGAUAACCAUACGAAUAAAAUUAUCCGAUAUUUCCCUCCAGGAAUGAAGUGGAUGGAUGGAUCAAUUUCUCAGGAUAUACCACAUAAAGAGUUAUCAACUUUAUUUAAUGUAAGACAAUUCAUUGUAUCACAAGUAAAUCCGCAUCAUGUUCCUUUUGUUUCAAUCAAUCCAAUCAACACAAGCAUUAUUCAUCCUGAACGUACAUUUUUGCAUAAUGUUUUAAAUUGGCUAACUUUGGAUAUUAAGUAUAGGUAUACUAAAUUAGCAAAAUUGAAAUUGAUUCCAAAAUUAUUCGGGAAAGAUGUCAGCAAUUUCUGGAUGUUACAAGAAAUUGAAGGACAUGUUACCAUUACUCCAAAGGUUUCUCUUUUUGACUGGUACAGAUGUAUUAAUCACCCUUCAUACGAUGAUAUGCUUCAUUUUAUAACACAAGGUGAAAGAAGAACAUGGCCGUAUGUUAUGAGAAUAAAGCAUAUGAAUUUUCUCGAAAAAGUUAUCAAAGAUACCAUUCGAAACAUUAAGCAUGGUAAUAAGAAAAAAUAA